UCGAUGCGGGUAUAACCUCUAAAUGCGGGUUCUAAUAUGCAAAUUUCCGUUUUCCGUCGCCACAAACCGCGAUAAAAAAAACCAAAGGUCAAACAGUGAAAACUAAACUUCACGUUCUUAACCGAACCGGAAGCAUUCCAGUAGUUUUUCGUUAGAAAUCAAACCUGGCGCCAUGACAGUAACGAAAAACGUUUCUAACGGUCGUUUUUAAACAAAAUCGCCCAUCAAUCCAGUGAAAUAAUCGAAAAAACGAUCAAUUUUCGUGUUAUUGGUCAUAUUUCGGUUGAAAAUUUCAAUCAUUGUGCCAAAAGUGAGGUUAUGUUUUUGUUUUUUGUGUCAAAGUGAGCCCCCAUGUGCGAAAUGUCGCGUCACGAGAAAGCCAAAUCUGGAAGUUUUGUGUUGAAUGUGAGGGGCUCAUUCGCGAGUGUGUCUUUAAGUGAUAAGAUGGAUUUCGAACUGCGACAAUCUAAGAGACGUACCAAACGUUAUUUAACAGGCACUGGCUUGGAGUCAUGGUUCAAAGGCGGCGGCACGAAGAAAGCCCCCGGCUCGAGACCUGCAUCGCAGUCAUCUACACUGCGGCCAAAUUCAGAAAGCGAUUUUUCUGAAGCAGACGACAAUGCGAUCAAACAAUUCGAAGAGCAAGUGAAUAAAAUGAGCGAAAAAGAAAUCAACGUUAAAUUCGACGAUCUUUUGAACGACAUGAAUUUGAGUAGUGAUAAGAGAAUGCCCUUAACGAAUAUGUCACUUGAUCAGAAGAAAAAAAUGUUGAUUUUGAAAUGUAAAGGUUCGAAUCAGGACGUGGGUCAUAAGUUUGAUAAACCGCAAGAUUACAUCUCGUAUUUGGAGCAGUAUUCGAAACCGGAUUUUGUUAAUUUGGGUAAAAUCCUCACCUGUGUGGAAUCAUUAAGGAUAGCCCUCACGAAUAAUCCCUUAAGUUGGGUCCGGGAAUUUGGUUCGCAAGGGAUGAGGUCGAUUUUUAAAAUUCUCGAUUUGGCAAUUCGAGAAAAAGAUAACAAAAUUCAAAUUGAGUGUCUCAGAUGUGUAGAAAAAUACAUGAAUAAUACCGAGGGUUUGAAAAAUUUUCUACAGUACGAUAAAGGACAUGAAAUUGUUGCUAAAUGUUUGGACCAUUCCAAAUCACAAGUGAUGAUUCAAGCGUUGAAAAUUUUGGCCGCUUUGUGUUUUCUCGAAGAUAAUUCGUCGAGUACUUUAGGUACUGAUAAGAUGUUGGCGGCCAUUACCAAAGUGGCCGAUGCUAAAGACAUGCCAAGAUUUAUGCCAAUUGUCAAUGCGAUUACCAAGUCGCGGAAUAAUGCCGAUUUGCAGAGUAUGUGUUUUCAAUUUAUUAACGCCCUUUUGUCCCAAACCGACGAUUUUGAGUUUCGGAUGCAUUUGCGAAACGAAAUUGUCAGAAAUGGAUUGUAUGAUACGUUGAUCGAAUUGAAAAAUGAAACGAAUCCGGUGAUCAAAAAUCAGUAUGAGAUUUUUGAAAAUCAGAAAGAUAAUGAUUUGGAUGAAUUACACGAAAGAUUUGAUAAAGUUAGGUGUGAUAUGGAUGAUAUGCAAGACUGUUUCGAAGUAUUAAAAAAUACAACGUUAGAAACUGCCGCAGAGCCUUAUUUUUUAAGUAUUUUGCAACAUUUGUUGUUUAUUAGAGACGAUAUUAACACGAGACCAGCUUACUUUAAAUUAAUCGAGGAAUGUGUGUCACAAAUUGUCUUGCACAAGUCCGGUUUGGACCCAGACUUCACGAAAAAACAUUUUGAUUUGGACUUACAAUCCUUAUUAGACGAAUUAAAAGAAAAACCUGCCGAAAUCGAUAAUGGCAAAAUUGAUGAUUUGAAAAAACAGUUGGAGGAAGCCCUAAGUGCGAAAGCCGAAGCCGAAGCGAAAUAUGAAAUGUUGUCACGCCCCUCAACCGAAUCCGGGGGUAAACUCAACCCUUCGGUUGUCAGUAGUGUGGCUAACGCCCUCAAUGCGCCGCCUCCUCCACCAAUGCCAGGUUCGGGUGCACCCCCACCACCUCCAAUGCCGGGAAUGGGCGGUCCUCCGCCGCCUCCAAUGCCAGGUAUGGGGCCUCCACCACCUCCAAUGCCAGGAAUGGGCGGUCCUCCGCCGCCUCCAAUGCCGGGUAUGGGACCUCCACCACCGCCUAUGGCCGGAAUGGGCGGACCGCCGCCUCCACCCAUGAUGGGUGGGCCUCCGAAAAUGCCAGGAAUGGUUCCUUUGCCGGGAAUGACGAAUACGCUCCCACAUGGGUUGAAACCGAAGAAGAAAUGGGAUGUCAGUGGUCCGUUGAAGAAGGCUAACUGGAAAACGAUUUUGCCGCAAAAGAUGUCAGAGAAGGCGUUUUGGGUACAAGUGAAGGAGGAGCAAUUGGCCACGCCCGAUAUUUUAGACGGUUUAGCGAAGAAAUUUAGCUCAAAACCGGCGAGAAAUUUGGAGGAUGUGUCAGAUAGCAGUAGUGCCAACACUGGAACGUUGAAAAAAGUCAAAGAAAUGAAAGUUUUGGAUGGGAAAACAGCACAAAACAUAUUGAUUUUACUCAACGGUUCGCUGAAACACAUGUCUUACGAUGAGAUAACAAAAUGUUUGCUACGUUGCGACGAUAAAGUACUUACCGAGAACGUAACCGAGCAAUUAAUACAGUACUUACCUCCCCCUGACCAAUUAUCAAAAUUACAACAAUACAAAGAUAAGUACGACCAACUUACCGAAGCUGAACAGUUUUGUAUCAAAAUAUCCGAAGUUAAACGACUUUUGCCGAGAUUGAAAUCGAUCAGUUUCAAGCACCAUUACGUCGAAAUGGUCAACGAUACGAAACCCGAUAUUGUAGCAGCAACAGCCGCGUGUGAGGAAGUGAAGAAGAGCAAAAAAUUCGCACGUAUCCUCGAACUUAUAUUACUUUUAGGCAAUUAUAUGAAUUCGGGGAGUCGCAAUGCGCAGGCGUUCGGUUUCGAAAUGAGUUUCUUAACAAAAUUGACAGGCACAAAAGACAUACAUAAUAAACAAACGCUUCUGCAUUAUAUCGUGGAAACGGUCGAGACGAAAUUUCCAGAAUUGUUGAAUUUCUACGACGAAAUGCAACAUAUUGACAAAGCAAGUAGAGUGUCGUUAGACACAAUACAAAAGACGUUAAAACAAAUGGACAGUAAUAUACGUAACCUACAAACCGACAUCAACAACAAUCGAGUGCCUCAAAGCAGUGAUGAUAAAUUUUUAGAGGUUAUGGAGAAAUUUGCAAGUGAAGCCCGAGAACAGUGCGACAUCCUCCAGAACAUGUUCAAAAAAAUGGACAGUCUCUACACCGACUUGUCCGAAUAUUACGUUUUCGAUAAACAAAAAUACACCCUUGAGGAAUUUUUCACGGAUUUAAAGACGUUUAAAGACAGUUUUAUUGAGGCCAAAAAAGACAACGACAAAGAGAGAGAGCUUCUGGAAAAGAAAGAGAAGGCGCGAUUGGCGAAAGAGAAGGCCGAACGCGAGCGAAUGGAGCGCGAGGCGUCGAAGAGGGCGCUGAUCGAUAUGAACCCGAAAGAGACGCAAGAGGGCGUUAUGGACAGCCUACUUGAGGCUCUACAAACCGGAAGUGCCUUCAGCAGGGAGCAGAAACGGAAACGGGCGUGUCGACCCGCAGGUGCGGAACGGCGUGCACAGUUGGUCCGAUCGAGGUCAAGGUCGGGUCUGAUUGCUGGAAGGGAGUUGAUGAGCGAGAUUACUGCUUAAAAAGGGAUGGUAUCGAAGUUUUUCCUUGGUUUAUUUUAAGCUCAAUUAACGUUAAUUUUGUAUCUUAUUUAUUAAUUAUUUUGAAGUCUUCCUUUGUAUAUAAGUAACGUUUUUUUUUUUGUAUAUUAUGAAUCUCAUCGAUUUUUCUAUAAGUGUGUUGCAUUUGUUUCAGACUGUUAGAAAAUGUAUUGUAAUAUUUUUUUAUGAAAGAAUCAUCUGAAUUAUAUUUUAAUACUUAAUAAAUUAUUUUCACCGAU